AUGGCGUGGAAUGUCAACGAUCUGUUUAGCGGGCGGCCCUCUGCUCGUCCUACUUCCGCGAAAGCAUCGGCAGGAAAACGGAGAAGCAGCAGCAGCAGCAACAAGGACGGAGGACUUCACAGUAGCAGCAGCAAUAGCAGCGCCAGCGGUCCUCCAACAAGAGCAAGGAGCGGCCAAGCCGCCCAAAGCGGGGUCAUCAACUCGGCCCUGUGGGCCAUCGCUCGCACGCAGGCCCUGGUGGACGCCGUCGAGCACGUGGAGGCCAAGCACGGCGACGCCCCGGUGCUCUCAGCCAUGUUGCACACCCUCCGCCGGGCGGACCUCAACGAUGCCUCGAGCAUACGGCAAGCGGCCGAAGCCUCGAGCACGUUUCUCCAAGCGAAUCCCUGCCAGUGCUACACCCCAAUGCACCCCAUCGACGUGAUUCGGGGCAUCGUGGGCACUUGCGCGGACUCCGAGGAGGUUUUCAAGGCAGCCCUGACGACAACCUACAGGAUUACCAAUGAAUGCACCCUCUGUUCGUGGAAGGAGGCGAAAGGUACAGCCACCGAGGACAAGCUUGAGUGCACAACCUCCGACAGCGUGCAGAUGGCGAUCGAGCUCCGCUCUGCUCACAACAUCAAGACGGGCAUUUGCCCGAAGUGCCAGAAGAAGAGCGUCGCGAGGAGAUACAGAAUAGAUAGAACAGCGCCGUGCUUUGUGGCGACGUGGACUGGUCUCGCCAAGGCGAAGCCCGCGCGAGAGUCUCUGUUUAUCCUCACCACUUUUGGCGAGAGUUUGCGGUUCUCUCUCGCCGUCAUGAUCGCUUUUUGCGACCGAAAAGCGGUCUGCCUCUUCAGCGAGGGAAGCAACUACUACAAGGUGGAGGGGAGCAGCGUGAAGGUGAUCACGAAAAGCGAGUGGCAAAACACCCAGCCGUGCCUGGCGCUGUUCAGCCGCCAGGUUGCUGGCGGGCGAGGAGGAGGCCUCUCUUCGUUCGCGCAUGGCGGGGGUGCAAAGGCCGGAAAGAAGCGCCAGCGGGAAGAGAACGGCAGCGGGAAGUAUUCUGCGAGCAACAGCGGCGGCGGCAGCAGGGCGCGGAGUGCGACGGCGGCGGUGGCGCCCGCGGCUGAGGUUAUCGAAUUGGACGAUGAUGACACCGAUGGGGGUGAUGCCAACGUCCCGGCGGGCGGCAGCGGACGCGGGAAAGACGCCAGUAGUAGUAGUAGGAAGAACGGUAGCGGUAGUAGCGUUAGCAACGGUGGGCACGAGCCCUACAGCCCUUGGGUGGCAAGCGAAGAUGGCGCGACUGCUAACGGGUUGGAAGGGGAAGGAGAGGGCGAGAGGGAGCGCGAUGGCGCAGGUGGAGCGCGGGAGGUAGCACGAACAACAGCGCCCAACGCGAAAAGCAACGACAACAAAGUGGGGCGAUCCGGAUUGUCGAGCGCGGGGGUACCGGACGCGGAACGAUCAACAAUCUCUGGCGCAUUCAAGAGAAUGUUCAGAGGCCGAUCGGACGAAGGAGGCUGGCUUCGACGAGCGAACAUGAGAGGCUCGUCGAUGGUGCGGGAGGGCGAGAGUCCGGGCGGGGGGGGGGGGGG